GCAGAUGGAUCGUACGCGAAUGGUUUCGCGCCAAAACAAAACACAAUCAUCAUGCGCUGCAAAACAGUGCGGAAUUACCACAGACUACAACAUUCUGGCUAACCAUUCAAUGUAGAAAAUUGUUACCGUGCGAUUUUGAAGUGAAAUUAAUAGUGAAACAACAAAAAUAAAACACCAGCCAUCGUUAAACGUUCCAAGAUGUGUGAUUCGCCGGGAUCGGAACAGCGGUCGAAGCGAAGGCGUAUCGACAAGCAUGGCCGGUUUGCCGCUCUGGAACGGCUGAAGAAGCAGAAAGAGGUCGGCACCAAGAACAAGUACGAGGUGGACGAGAUUGAGAAUGUGUACGACGAGGUGGACGAGCGAGAGUACGCCAAAAUCGUCAGCGAACGAAUGCAGGACGAUUGGGUCGAGAAUGAUGAUGGUUUUGGGUAUGUGGAAAAUGGGCGCGAAAUAUUCGACGAAGAUGAGCUGGAACCGCGCGCUUCAGCUAGCCGUUCGGCAAACGGCAAAAAGGGCAGCAAAGGAAACAAGCGUGUCCGUGACGAAGCUGGCAGCCAAGCCGGUGGUCCGGUCACCGGCAGAAAAUCGCUGAAAAAUUACUUCAACCGCGAGCAAGCACCGAAGGCAAAGCUGGAAGAUGAUGACGCUUUGGCCGACAUUUUAGGGGAAAUCAAUUCAGAGGGAGGAGCUGAUGGAAGCGGGCCAACGGCACCGACAACCACGAAGGAAAUCCGUCCACUGCAGAUGACGAAACCGGUACCGGCCAAACCGAAAGAACUUACAGCCGAGGAGGAGAUGAAGCGCUAUAUGGCAAAUUUGAGCAAAAAUUUGAAACGAUCGGAAAAGAAGGCUGUGGUAGAGGACGAGGACAGUGACGAGGAGAUGUUGAAGAAUGUAAUUGCCGAAUCGGAAGGUAAACCGGUAGCUAAAAAGCUUCCCGCAUCGUCAUCACACAUUACUGGACAAUCGGUUAAGGUGGAGCAGGUGUCGCAACCGAUCCCAUCGGUGGUACAAAAAGAACUCCCUUCGGUAGUUAAGCAGGCACCGGUAACGCAACCGGAGUCAGUCCCGGUGAAAGUAGAACAACCCACCCAGGAAGUAGCCGACGACAGCCACUUCCUCGAUGAUAUGGAUGACGAUUUUGCGGAAAUGGCGACAGCGACCCCGAAGCCAGUCGAAUCGAAGGAGGAGAAAAAGGCGGAAAAGCAGGAAGAAGAAGUGAUCCCGAAGAAUUUGCUAAACGGAUGGGACACCAUUUUUUCGGACAUGGUCGAAGAUGGCAAGAAGAGCAGUAGCGCCACGGCAGAUGCGGAUGCAGUGGACGGCAGCGAGACGGAUUCCGGCACGGAGAUGAAGUUUUGGUUCUGGGACGCCUGGAACGAUCCGAACAAGUGUCAGGGUGAGCUGUACCUUUUCGGCCGCAUUGCAUCCGCAAAUCGGAAGGAUUACCAGUCCAUUUGCGUUCACGUACAAAGCGUCGAGCGGUGCAUUUAUUUGCUGCCUCGAGAGACACAUGCGGAAACCGGACAACCGGUCAGCCUGCUCGACGUGUACGAUGAGUUCUGUAACGACGUCAGUACCAAGCUCAACAUCACCAAAUACCGCACCCGAAAGGUGACGAAAAGUUUCGCCUACACGAGCGCCACCAGCUCGCUGAAGGUGCCGGUCAUGUGCGAUUAUCUGGAGGUACGGUACAGUGCCAAGUUGCCACCGCCACCGCUCGACAAACGGUACCGCACGAUUGCGCACAUUUUCGGUUCCAACACGAACGUGGUGGAACAGUUUCUGCUCGAGCGUAAGGUGAAGGGCCCGUGCUGGAUGACGCUCAGCAACGCGACGCCACGGGAGACGAAAAUGAGCUGGUGCAAGGUGGAGGUAACCGUACCGGACAUUGACUGUGUGAAGCUGGCGAGCGAUACGGCAACGCCACCGCCGCUCGUGUUCUGCUCGAUCAAUGUGCGCAGCACGCUGCGCAACACAACGAACGAGAUCAUCAUGAUCACGAUGCUGGUGAACGAUCGGUUCUCGCUGAGCCAACCGGCACCGAAUCCGCCGUUCAACCGGCAGUACUGUGGCGUUACACGGCCAUCGAACACGGUUUGGCCGCUCAACUUUAACGUGGCCGAUUGCAAGGCGAAGGUGACGAAGUGCGAAAGCGAACGGACGCUGCUGAGCUGGUUCCUGUCCACGUUCCAGGUGAUCGAUCCGGAUCUGGUGGUUACGUUCGAUGCUGAAGGGUUUCAGCUCGAUCUCAUCUGCCAGCGGCUGAUGACGACCAAGAUGGCCCUGUGGAGCCGUAUCGGGCGGCUGAAGGUGCGGAGUUCGGCAACCCGGCGGGUGGACGAUUUCUUCGUCGGCCGUAUGAUCUGUGACGUGAAGACGUCCGCGGAGGAGUUGAUCCGAUCGCGCAGCUACGACUUAAACACGCUCUGUGCGGAGGUGCUGAAGAUAGGGGAGGGCGAGCGGAAGGAUGUGCUGCUGGAUGAGAUCCUGGCCAUGUACGAGCAGGCGGACACGCUUGUGCAGCUGGUGGGAUUAACGAUGCAGGACAAUUUCUACACGCUAAGGUUGAUGUGCGAGCUGAACGUGUUGCCGCUGGCGCUGCAGAUCACGCAGAUUGCGGGCAAUUUGAUGAACCGCACGCUGCACGGCGGUCGGGCGGAGCGGAACGAGUUUUUGCUGCUGCACGCUUUCUACGAGAAGGAUUACAUCCUGCCCGAUAAGGUCACGUUUCAAGCGGGGGGCGGUAGGAAAGAUGGGAAGGCUGGUCCGGGGGCGGACGAGACGGCAGAGAAGCGUAAACCGAAGAAUAAGGCCGCGUACACCGGUGGGUUAGUGCUGGACCCGAUCAAGGGUUUCUACGACAAGUUUGUGCUGCUGAUGGACUUCAACUCGCUGUAUCCGAGCAUCAUCCAGGAGUACAACAUCUGCUUCACGACCGUGCUGCCACCGGCGGUUGGCGGGGAAAAUGAGAACCUGGCCCCCGGUGAGACCGAUCUCGAGCCGACCAUACUAUCGACGAACGAGAUUGCGAUCCUGCCGAGACAGAUCCGUAAGCUGGUCGAGAGCCGGCGGGCGGUUAAGCAGCUGAUGAAGGAAUCCGACAUCUCGCCCGAGCUCGCCAUGCAGUACAACAUUCGGCAGAUGGCAUUAAAGCUGACGGCAAACUCGCUGUACGGUUGCCUGGGGUACUCCCGGUCACGGUUUUACGCGCAACAUCUAGCGUCGCUAAUCACCCAGAAAGGCCGUGAUAUCCUGAUGAACACCAAAUCGAUCGUGGAACGGAUGAACUAUCAGGUGAUCUACGGUGACACGGACAGUAUCAUGAUCAGCACGAACAUUACCGACUACGAGCAGGUGUUUCGCAUCGGGGCGAGCAUAAAGCAGCACGUGAACAAGGCGUACCGCUGCCUGGAGCUGGACGUGGACGGUAUCUACAAGUAUCUGUUGCUGCUGAAGAAGAAAAAGUAUGCCGCCGUCUCGAUCAGCAAGAAGGCGGACGGUGCGUAUGUGUGCACCCAAGAGCUGAAAGGGUUGGACAUUGUGCGGCGCGACUGGUCCCGCAUUGCGAUUCUGGCCGGUAAUAUGAUAAUUGCCCAAAUCAUGUCCGACGCACCGAUGGACGAACGGAUCGAAAACAUUCACGUACGGUUGGAGAAGCUGAAGGAUGAUCUGCUGGCGGGCACGCUGUCGUUGCAGUUGCUGGAAAUUACCAAGCAACUGACCCGCUCGCUGAACGAGUACGGAGAUGUGGGCCAGUUGCCGCACGUACAGGUGGCACAGCGCAUGAAUAAGCAGCGCAACCGGAACUACAAACGGGGCGACAUGGUGAACUACAUCAUCUGCCAGGAUGGUACGUCGUCGCCGGCCAUGAAGCGUGCCUACCACAUCGAUGAGGUACGCGAUCCGGCCAACGCCGAACUGCUGAAGGUCGAUUUUGAGUACUAUCUGGCACAGCAGAUUCACCCGGUCGUGUUUCGUAUCUGUGAGCCGCUGGAGGGUACGGAUGCGUGCCGGCUUGCCCUGUGCUUGGGGCUCGAUCCGAAGAAGUACCGCACGAUGGUGAGCCUGGGUGGAGGGGGCGGUGCGGAAGAUGGACAACAGUACCAAGAGGGCGAGAGCCUCAUCAAGACGGCAACGGAGCGGUAUCGGCUGUGCCAUCGGUUUGAGUUUACGUGCGUUGCUUGUAAGACCAAAAACCCGGUGGCCAGUGGAUUCCGUCCGUCGGCCGGUGGUCGCCAACGGUCGGUGUUUGAACGGUGCGCUAAUGAAGAGACUGGUGGCGGAGGGGGCGGGUGUUCGGUGCAACCUGUCCAAUAUCUUCCGGCGAUAGUGAACGAGCUAACGUUGGCCAUUCGGGAGGACAUCCGGCGAUUCUACCAGCGUUGGAUGGUUUGUGACAACCCAAUCUGUAGUGGCAACACGCGCCUGUACUCGCACGUGGCAGCGAAGAACAUCCCGUACUGUUUGCUCUGCCGGAAGGGUUUGCUGGUGCUGCAGUACUCCGAGACGGAUCUGUACAAUCAGCUGUGCUACUAUCAGUACAUGUUCGAUUUGGAGCAGUACAGUGCGAAAUUAACGAAAGCCCUCUCGCCGGAUAUUCGCAACAUGUACAGUCGGCUGAAGGAAACCGUUGAGCGGUUCCAGCAACGAUCCAAGUAUGGUGUUGUAAAUCUGUCCAAUUUCUACAUGGAUUAUGCCAUUCCGGCACCGAAGCAGCUGGACAAGCUGGGCGAACCGGUGAAGUAUCUGUACCCGGCGAAAGAUAUCGCCGCUCGACUGGCCAAACGAUUGGAGGUUGUGGGAGAGGGAAGAACCGACGGGGUGAAAAGUGAACCGAUGGACCGGAAGACUUCACUGCUGCACGAGAAACUGAUACAGUGGAAGCUUUAUCUAAGCUAGCGGAGCUUUCGGUUGGCGAAUCGCGUGAAACAAAACUGGUAACGCAAUACAGAGCGUGGCGUCUGCGAGUCGAUUUUUUAAUAACUUUCAUUUAUUAGAAUAAAUUAUUACUUACUAGUUUAAUUUAUGCA